AUGCCACGUCGAAAGGCCAAUGACCGCGCGGGUCCAGUGAAGACCCGUAGUCGCGAGGGAUGCUCCGAGUGCCGGGCGAGUCGGGUCCGCUGUGAUACCAAGAAGCCGGUUUGCACGCGAUGUCAGGAACGAGGACUUACCUGUGCGACUCCGUUGGUACUAAAGUGGGAGUCGGAGUUUACGAGCCGAGGACAGGCCUUUGGGAGAGCGGGUGUCUGGAGUAAAUCUGGGAAGCACCUGUCUACGCCGUCGCCGUCGAGCUCGUCAGUCUCGUCCGAUGACCAAGUAUGGUGCGCGACAUCUUGGGUUGAGCCGUGGAACUUCGUCAGUACUUCUGUUGAUACACUUGAACUCCCAUACGAAGUCGAAGUUACGGACGAUGACCGCGCUGUCGUUCUGGCUCCUCCACCGGCUCGCAGGGUGCAAGUGACUGGACCGACCUUAUCUCUACCACUCUUUCCUCACUUAUCCGGAACCAACCAAGGGCAUCUGUUUGAAUACUAUAUCGAGCAAGUCUGCCCCCGGAUGACGGCGAGUGCAAGUGCGCCGUCUCCAUUCGCUUCUAUCAUUAUCCCGUUCUGUACGACGGCCUCGCCAACCGUUCUGAAGGCCAUACAGGCUCUCGGUGCUUGUACCUGGUCUCGAACGGACCCGACAUAUAGCGCUGUUGGACUUCGCCUUAAGUCCGAAGCUAUUAGGGGCCUUCGGAACAGUCUAUAUAGCGCUGGUUCUUCACCGCACUCGUCAUACUCUGAGAUCUUAGUCGUCAUGAUGCUAAUGUGCCUUUAUGAGCUUGUGGAUCACUGUGAUCAGCAAUGGACAAUCCAUCUCAGAGGUGCGAAAGAGCUGAUCGGGUCGAGGUGGCAGCAAAAGACACUUAUGGCGCCUGAACCGGACGAGGUCACUUCAUUCGCCGAACAGUUCUUUGCUUUCCAAGAUAUCAUGGGUCGCACUGCCUGUGGCAAGCCCCGGCUGCUCGGAACUGACCACUGGCAACACAAUAAACAGAAUGUUGACGCGUGGAUGGGAUGCAGCCCUGAGCUUGUUGCCAUCUUGUCGGACAUCACAGACUUGAGUCAAACGAGGAGGCAGCUGGCCUCAGAUUCAGCUCGCGCAACGCUCUCAUUGAAAGCGGCAAACCUGUGCAAACAACUGGAGGACUUGGUGCAGGAUGUCGAUGAAGGCGACGAAGACCUUCGAGCAAUUGCGGAGCUCAAACGACUCGCUGCAGUGCUGUACCUGCAUUGCACGCUUUACAACGCCUCACCGACCUCAGCCAUAGUCGCUCGUUACGUCCGAAGGAUUUUGAAGACUGUUUCGGACAUGCUGGAUAAAGGGCUGCUUAUAGGCCUCGCAUGGCCGGUGUUCGUGGCCGCCGUCGAACUCGACCCGCUUAACGAUGAGCUUUGGAAGGACGCUGACGGCAAUGAAGUAUAUGGACGGCCGGUUGUCCUCCGUGCUCUGGCUGCCAUGUCGGAGUCUAGCGUUCUUAGUGUCGCCCGUACCAGGGCAGUCAUUGUGAAAGUGUGGCAAGCUCGUGAUAACAUUUUGAAGCUAUCCACGUCGAAUGAGCUGGAAGAUACUUCUGAUAGCAAUGAUUGGGAGCAUUACGUUGUUCCUUUCAGUACAGCAAUGAGCCUAGUCUGA